CAGUCUUCCCCGUCUUGGGGUAUUUCCAAUAAGUCCUGUGUUGAAUUCCCUCUGUAUUCGCCGUGACGUGGGAAGAGGGUUGUUUAUAGACAUUCAAUUCUUCCCUUUCGUCGUGCAGACAUAUGGGAUAUCUCGAAAGGACAAAAAGAAAAGAAAAGAAAACGGCAAAUAGAAAAAGAAGCAACCCUGACCGCUAGGAGUCCCAAUUCCUAGCCCAAACAUGGCCAACGCGCCACCGCCCUUCGGCGUCUCUGCGCUGGCAGCGGACACCGGCGCAAACUUUCAGGACACCGUCUCCUCCCAGACAGAAGUCAAUGGCUCGGAAUUCCAGGCAAAAGCAUAUGGAGACGAGACAAAGCCCAGCACGGCAAGUUCUGUCACCGCGGGGAAGAUCUCAGAGCUGGACGACGGCGACACUGGGAUAACCAAGGACCAGGAGCACGAGAUCGUCGACCUGGCCCGCCGGGUCUCCCGCCUUUCGAGACGGAGCAGCGUCUACGACCACGACAACGUUGUCAAUCCCUUCCUGGACGCCGAGGCUAACCCGGAGCUGAAUCCCGGCGACAAGCAGUUCAAGCCCCGCAAGUGGCUCAAGACCAUUCUGCAGAUCCAGUCCAGGGAUCCGGAGAGGUUCCCCAAGCGCACCGCCGGUGUGUCCUUUAGGAAUAUGAACGUCUAUGGAUAUGGAACCGCGGCGGAUUACCAGGCCGACGUUGGGAAUACUCCUCUCAAGGCCGUCGGCGGUAUCAAGCAGCUCUUGGGCCUUGGCAAGAAGGUCCGCAUUGACAUCCUCCGAAACUUUGAGGGUCUGGUCAAGAGUGGUGAAAUGCUCGUGGUGUUGGGGCGCCCCGGCAGUGGCUGCUCCACGUUCCUCAAAACCCUCGCAGGGGAGACCCACGGUUUAUAUCUAGAUGAAGGAAAUGACAUCCAGUAUCAGGGUGUCUCCUGGAACCAAAUGCACAAAAACUUCCGGGGUGAGGUGAUAUACCAGGCUGAAACUGAAACCCAUUUCCCCCAGAUGACCGCAGGUGACACAUUGUAUUUCGCUGCGCGGGCCCGUGCACCCGUCAACCGCUUGCCGGGAGUUACACGGCAGCAGUACGCAGAGCACAUGCGUGAUGUUGUGAUGUCCAUGCUCAGUCUGUCCCACACGAUGAACACCAAGGUCGGAAACGAGUAUAUUCGAGGUGUCUCGGGUGGUGAGAGAAAGCGUAUCAGUAUCGCAGAGACAACACUGAGCGGGAGUCCCCUGCAGUGCUGGGACAACAGUACCCGUGGUCUCGACAGCUCCACCGCGCUCGAAUUCGUCAAGUCGCUGCGUCUAUCAACACAGUAUUCCGGUACCACCGCCAUCGUGGCCAUUUACCAGGCCGGUCAGGCUAUCUAUGAUAUAUUCGAUAAAGCUAUUGUUCUCUAUGAAGGUCGCCAGAUCUACUUUGGCAAUGCUGUCCGUGCCAAACAUUACUUCAUCGAGAUGGGGUUCGAAUGUCCAGAUCGCCAGACCACCGCCGACUUCCUUACAUCAAUCACCAAUCCUGCAGAGCGUCGCAUUCGCCCUGGUUUUCAGAAUAGAGUCCCUCAGACGCCGGACGAGUUCGCUGAGCGCUGGAGGAAGAGCCCCGAACGCCAGGCACUGUUGGCCGAGAUUGAGGAAUACAAUGCUGAAUUCCCCCUCGAUGGCGCACAGUUGGAGAAGUUUCAACAGUCCAGGCAGGCAGAGAAGUCCAAGGCCGUUCGCAAAUCGUCACCUUAUACGUUGUCGUUCUGGCAACAGGUCCAGCUCUGUAUCUGGAGAGGAUUCGUUCGUCUCAAGGGCGACAUGUCCAUGACGCUGACCAGUGUCAUCGGAAACAUCGUCCUGUCUCUGAUCAUUUCAAGCGUUUUUUACAACCAGCCAGAUAACACCAGUUCGUUCUUCGGUCGCGGUUCUCUGCUUUUCUUCGCCAUUCUCAUGAACGGCUUUGCGAGCUCGUUGGAGAUCUUGACCCUCUGGCAUCAGCGCCCCAUCGUCGAGAAGCACGACAAGUACGCCCUCUACCAUCCAUCAGCCGAAGCUAUCAGUUCGAUGAUCGUGGAUCUUCCUUCCAAGGCAAUUGUGGCAAUCGUGUUCAACCUAAUCCUGUACUUUAUGGUCAACCUGCGCAGGACGCCUGGUCACUUCUUUGUCUUCUUCCUGUUCUCCAUCUCAACAACGCUGACCAUGUCCAACAUCUUCCGCACCAUCGGAGCCAUUUCUAGAACUCUUGCACAGGCCUUGGUUCCAUCUUCGAUUUUCAUGCUGGCGUUGGUCAUCUAUACCGGCUUUACGAUCCCCGUUCGAGAUAUGCGUCCGUGGUUCAAGUGGAUUAGCUAUCUCAACCCAAUCCAGUAUGCGUUCGAAUCGCUGAUGAUCAACGAGUUUCACGAUCGCCGAUUUCCCUGCGCGAUGUUCGUACCCAUGGGUCCUUCAUACGCGAAUGCUACGGGAGAUUCGAUCAUCUGUGGUGCUACGGGUGCCCGGCCGGGCGAGGAUUUUGUGGACGGCGAUACGUUCUUGAAUAUCACUUAUGGUUACUAUGCAUCUCAUCUCUGGAGAAAUCUGGGUAUCAUCUUUGCAUUCUUCUUUUUCUUCUUGGUUACUUACAUUGGUGCGACCGAGCUCAUCAAGGCCAAACCGUCGAAAGGAGAGAUUCUCGUGUUCCCGAGAGGCAAGGUGCCAUCGUAUCUGAAGAGUAAGAAGAAUUCCGAUGACCCUGAAUCCGCUGAAACCGUGAACCAGAAGCAGAAACUCGAGUCUACCGGACAUGACCAGGUCGGUGCGAUCGUGAAGCAGACAUCCAUUUUCCACUGGCAGGACGUCUGUUAUGAUAUCAAGAUUAAAAACCAGCCGCGCAGGAUUCUGAACAACAUUGAUGGAUGGGUCAAGCCUGGCACUCUGACUGCUCUCAUGGGCGUCUCGGGUGCGGGGAAGACGACGCUGCUUGACGUCUUGGCGGAUCGUGUCACCAUGGGCGUAGUCACUGGCGAGAUGCUAGUCGAUGGGCGCAUCCGCGACGACUCGUUCCAGCGGAAAACAGGCUACGUCCAGCAGCAGGAUCUUCAUCUGGAGAUCAGCACUGUUCGUGAGGCCUUGGUUUUCUCUGCUCUGCUUCGACAGCCCGCGACCACUCCUCGUGCGGAAAAGAUUGCCUAUGUUGAAGAAGUCAUCAAGAUGCUUGGUAUGGAAGAAUACGCUGAUGCUGUUGUCGGCGUGUUGGGCGAAGGGUUGAACGUUGAACAACGCAAACGUUUGACUAUUGGUGUCGAGAUCGCUGCGAAACCGGAUCUGCUCUUGUUCUUUGACGAGCCCACCUCCGGCCUCGACAGUCAAACGGCUUGGUCUAUCUGUACAUUGAUGCGCAAGCUCGCGGACCACGGACAAGCUAUCCUGUGCACUAUCCACCAGCCGUCAGCGAUGCUGAUGCAGGAAUUCGAUCGAUUGCUCUUCCUAGCUGCUGGCGGCAAAACCGUCUACUUCGGCGAGCUCGGCAAGAACAUGAGCACUCUGAUCGAUUAUUUCGAAAACCACGGAUCUCCCAAGUGUCCUCCUAAUGCCAAUCCGGCUGAAUGGAUGUUGGAGGUCAUUGGUGCUGCACCCGGAUCUCACACCGAUAAGGACUGGUCUCAAGUUUGGAAUAACAGCCCUGAGCGCGCCGAGGUCCGUCGCCAGUUGGCGGAGAUGAAAGCAGAAUUGUCCGAGAAACCUCAGGCUCCUCGCUCGGCUGGAUAUGGUGAAUUUGCAAUGCCGUUUUGGCAGCAGUAUCUCGUUGUUCAGCAUCGGAUGUUCCAGCAGUACUGGCGCAGUCCGGAGUAUAUCUACUCGAAGCUUUGUCUGUGCAUUGUCCCGACGCUCUUCAUCGGCUUUACUUUUUACAAGGAACCCACCAGUCUCCAGGGCUUGCAGAAUCAAAUGUUCGCCAUCUUCAUGUUCUUGAUUCUCUUCCCCAACCUUGUCCAGCAAAUGAUGCCGUACUUUGUCACCCAACGAUCUCUGUAUGAAGUGCGCGAACGACCGUCAAAGGCAUAUUCAUGGAAAGCUUUUAUGCUUUCGAGUGUCUUGGUUGAACUUCCCUGGAAUACUUUGAUGGCUGUUCCUGCAUUUUUCUGUUGGUACUAUCCGAUCGGCUUCCACCGCAAUGCCAUUGCGUCGGAUGCAGUAACCGAGCGUAGUGGGACUAUGUUCCUGCUCGUAUGGAUCUUCCUCAUGUUCAGCUCUACAUUUAGCUCUAUGAUCAUCGCGGGUGUUGAGCUUGCGGAGACCGGUGGAAACCUGGCCCAACUGCUCUUCUCUCUAACCUUGAUCUUCUGCGGUGUCCUGGCGACUCCACAAGCAAUGCCCCGGUUCUGGAUCUUCAUGUACCGCCUUUCGCCCUUCACGUACUACGUCUCGGCCGUGCUAUCCACCGGUGUCGCGAACACGAAUGUCAACUGCUCUGCGCGCGAAUUUCUUCGACUCAUCCCACCCGCUGGCCAGACGUGUGGCCAGUAUCUCCAUGACUACAUGCUGCUAGCGGGUGGUGCCCUUCUGAAUCCGGAGUCUACCUCUGCAUGCGAUUUCUGUCCCGUGAAAGACACAAACACAUUCCUAGAACAGGUCAAUAUCAGAUAUUCUGAGCGGUGGAGGAAUAUUGGCAUUUUGUUCGUGUACAUCUUCGUCAAUGUGAUCGGGGCCAUCGGCUUUUACUGGCUGCUGCGAGUACCAAAGACAGGAUUGUUCAAGAAGAAGGCGAAGAAAGACUAAGGGACAGAAGAAAAUAAACAUAAAAACCUAGGAGCAAAGGGAAACGCGGGAGGGUCAGGCCUGUCUCUCCUGAUUCUGCCUGCCCCCUUUCUUUUUGUGUUUUGGCUCCUUUUCCGUCACAGCCAACCAUAUUAAUCUCAAUGGUGCAUUAUUGUGUGAAUACUUAUUGUUUUCCUUUUGUUAUAUAUAUAUUUUUUUUUGACAUGUUAAUUAUUGCGUCCCUUUUAGCAGGGGGCUCACAUAUUUUGGAAUAAGCACAUAGACUAUACUAUCCCCAUUUUGCCCUUGUUCUUGUGUUUGAUUCCCGCAGUAUAGUUCCAUGCGUUAAUUUGUCCCGUGUACGGAGAACUCCGCAUCAAAGCCUUUG